AAACUCACGAAACUCACUCUCCUGGAAACCCACCCAGAACGUUUACCCUCUGACACCAUGGUCAGCUCCUAUUGUGGUUCUGUCUGCUCUGACCGGGGCUGUGGCCUGGAGACCUGCUGCCGCCCCAGCUGCUGCCAGACCACCUGCUGCAGGACCACCUGCUGCCGCCCCAGCUGCUGUGUGUCCAGCUGCUGCAGACCCCAGUGCUGCCAGUCUGUGUGCUGCCAGCCCACCUGCUGCCGUCCCAGCUGCUGUCAGACCACCUGCUGCAGGACCACCUGCUGCCGCCCUAGCUGCUGUGUAUCCAGCUGUUGCAGACCCCAGUGCUGCCAGACCACCUGCUGCAGGACCACCUGCUGCCGCCCCAGCUGCUGCAUCUCCAGCUGCUGUCGCCCCAGCUGCUGUGUGUCCAGGUGCUGCAGGCCCCAGUGCUGCCAGUCUGUGUGCUGCCAGCCCACCUGCUGCCGUCCCAGCUGCUGCAUCUCUAGCUGCUGCUGCCCCUCUUGCUGUGAAUCCAGCUGCUGCCGCCCCUGCUGCUGCCAUCCCUGCUGCUGCCAUCCCUGCUGCUGCCUGCGUCCAGUCUGUGGCCGAGUCUCCUGCCACACCACUUGCUAUCGCCCAACCUGUGUCAUUUCCACCUGCCCACGUCCCUUGUGCUGUGUCUCCUCUUGCUGCUAAGCUCCUUUCCUGAACCUAUCUCCUCCCCUUCAGCUCACUCAUCACAGAAGCAGACCUUGUACAUCUCACAGACAACUCAGGAGAGGCCAUUCCCACCAACUGUGUGUCCAUAUCCUGGACAUAUAUCUAGAAUAUAUGUCCUGGCUAUACGUCUAGAAUAUGUGUUCCCCAUGUUGACCCAAGUGUGAAAUUAGAUGUUAUUUACAGAAAGAAAUUAAUAGAAUUUACCAAAUUUUAUACCUUAUAUUUGUAUUUAUGGAUACCAAGUUCUUCUGUCCAAAACAUGGAAAUUCUUGGAGGGUAACUCGGGGCAAGAAUGUCUCACUCUCAGAUUUGAAAGUCUGAUUGUUUCACCCUGUAUUUCCUUUGACAGCAAUGUUUCUGUAUCUUAUUUUUGCUGCUUCUGAAUAAAACUCCACUUUCGUCGCAUAGAAAUA